UAUUCUUGCAAGAAAAGACCGGGAAAUUUUUGCGUUGCAGAAAAUUCGGAAUCCAUCAUUGUGAUUUGACCUGUGUUGAACAAUUAUUUUUCAUAAGAUUGCGUGUUUUUCUUAUUGUCCAAAAUGUAUUCCCUUACUGAAGGAGCGUUAGAUAAAAUAAUGAACGGUAUUGAUGUUGAGAAACCAAUACUGCAAAUAUUGGGUCAUAAGAAAUUGGCAAGUUCAAGUAGUGGAGAACGUUAUAGACUACUUGUGUCUGAUGGAAAAAGAAUAAACUCAUUCACAAUGCUGGCUACUCAGUUAAACUCAAUGAUAACAGACAACAUUCUGACUGAAUUUUCUAUUUGUCAAAUAAAUAGAUACGCAAUAAGUAUGGUACACAAUGCUGGGAAACAAAAGCGUGUAAUGGUAAUAUUAAAUAUCGAUGUAAAAGUACGUGGUAAUGAAGUUGGUCAUAAAAUUGGAAAUCCAACAAAUGCUGAGUCUGAAAGUGAUUCUACACCUGCCUCAGCACCAGCUCCUCCUCAACAACGAAGUGAUGUUUUGAUGCCAAAGCAAAAUACUCAUCAGUCUUCCACCAGUGACAUAUCAACAACUCCAAUUGUUGCACUGAGUCCUUACCAAAAUAGGUGGGUUAUAAAAGCUAGAGUUCUUAGUAAAUCUGAUAUAAGAACAUGGAGUAAUUCCCGUGGAGAAGGAAAACUAUUUUCCAUGGAUCUUGUUGAUGAAAGUGGAGAGAUUAGAUGCACGGCAUUCAGAGAUCAGUGCGAUAAAUUUUACGACAUGCUUGAGGUUGGAAAAGUUUACUAUAUUUCUAGAGCCACUUUAAAAACAGCAAAUAAACAAUUCAAUCAUUUAAAAAAUGAUUAUGAGAUGACUUUAACGGGUGAUACAGAAAUCAUUCCUUGUCAUGAUGGUGGAAAUGAGAUUCCUACUCUUCAAUUUAAUUUUCAACCAAUAAGCGACGUGGAAACGAAAGAAAAGAAUGAAUAUAUAGAUGUGAUAGCUAUUGUUAAAUCUUGUGCCGAUUUGCAACUGCUAACAUCACGUAACACAGGUAGAGAAAUGAAGAAAAGAGAUAUUUUUCUCGUUGAUCAAAGUAGUACCAUGGUAUGUUUUACACUGUGGGGAAAGGAAGCUGAAGAGUUUGAUGGAAGUAACAAUCCAGUUAUAGCUGUUAAAGGAGCUCGUGUUGGCGAAUUCAAUGGAGGAAAAAAUCUAUCAUCUCUCAGUUCUACAGUUAUUCAAAUAAACCCAGAUAUCCCAGAAGCACAUAGGUUACAUGGUUGGUUUAAUGCAACUGGCCAUAAUGAAGAAGCCAAGUCAAUUUCAAGAACAUUUGGUGGUGGAGGCAAUAUAAGUGGACCGUGGCUUACUUUCAAAGAAGCAAGAGAAAUGGAACUGGGUUUCAAAGGUCCUGAAAUGUAUAUGGUAAAAGCCACGAUUAACAUGAUACGAAUUGAAAAUGCUGUUUAUAAAUCUUGCCCUUCUGAAAGUUGUAAAAAGAAGUUAAUCGAUCAAGCAAAUGAUAUGUACCGGUGUGAAAAAUGUGAUAAAGAAUAUCCUAACUAUAGAUAUCGUUUACUUGCAAGUUUAAGUUUAGCUGAUUGGACGGACAAUCAGUGGGCUACAGCGUUUAGCGAAGAAGCAGAAAAGAUACUGGGUAUCACUGCUCAAGAACUUGGAGAAUUGCAGGAAAAUGAUAACGAUGCUUAUCUUGAAAAAUUUGCAGAUGCAACGUUUAAAAGUUUUCUAUUUAAGAUUCGUGUUAAAUUAGAAACGUUCAGUGAUGAGAACAGGUUAAAGGCAACAUGCGUUGCGGUAAAUCCUUUGGAUUAUAAAUUAUAUAAUAAUCAUUUAAUAACUCAGAUUAAAGAAUUAGCUGGUAUUGGUAAAGUUUAAAACAAUCGUCUCGUCGUUUACAGUAAAUUUGUAUACGUUUAUAAUUCGUUUGUUAGAGAUAUGAAGCAAAUAUUUUCAUACUGUUUAGCUACUUUAUAUUUAAUGAAACAAAUAUGCUUUUUGUAUUACCUUUUCUUGUCAAUAAACAGUAUUUGUUACACCCGAAAAAAACACGAACAAAUUCAUGAGCUGUAUAAUGUAAGCUGCAUAACUGCAUAUUAAAAAAUUGUAUGUAUUUA